GGAGGGAUCGAGGCGGCGGUGAGGGCGAUGGGGAAGCACGGAGAGCAUGCGGGCGUACAGGAGGCAGCAUGCAAGGCGCUGACGAGCAUGACGGCCAGCAACGCGGCGAACCAGGUCAAGGCAGGGGAGGCAGGGGGGGUAGAGGCGGCGGUGAGGGCGAUGGGGCAGCACGGGGAGCACGCGGGGGUACAGGAGGCAGCAUGCAAGGCGCUGACGAGCAUGACGUACAGCAACGCGGCGAACAAGGUCAAGGCGGGGGAGGCAGGAGGAGUAGAGGCAGCGGUGAGGGCGAUGGGGCAGCACGGGGAGCAUGCGGGCGUACAGGAGGCAGCAUGCUUUUCGCUCAGGAACGUGACGUACAGCAACGCGGCGAACAAGGUCAAGGCAGGGGAGGCAGGGGGGGUAGAGGCAGCGGUGAGGGCGAUGGGGAAGCACGGAGAGCAUGCGGGCGUACAGGAGGCAGCAUGCGGGGCGCUGACGAGCAUGACGGCCAGCAACGCCGCGAACAAGGUCAAGGCAGGGGAGGCAGGGGGGGUAGAGGCGGCGGUGAGGGCGAUGGGGCAGCACGGGGAGCAUGCGGGGGUACAGGAGGCAGCAUGCAAGGCGCUGACGAGCAUGACGUACAGCAACGCCGCGAACAAG